AUGUGUGCUUUAUCAAGUUUUGUAAAAGGACAAACAGUGGGAGCCGUUAGAAACUCCAAACAAGACGAACCAACCCUUAUUGAGAUACCGAUAACGGCGACAAUAGAAGAAGUUUUUGAUGUAUUAUUAGCAGAAAAUAUUUUAAGUAUACCUGUUUACCGACUCUGGAGAGGGCAUAAGCGACCUGUAGCAAUCGUCAACGUAACAGACCUUGUUGCUUUCGUGUGUCUACAGCCCAUAUUUGAUAACGUGAACGGGAAUAAUAAUGAUCAUAGGAAUUAUGAAGGGAAUGAUGAAGAAGAUACAAAUUUGGACAGAAAAUCCACCUUUUUACAAAAACCAAUUGGGGAACUUAUCGGUUUAACCCCUGAGAGUACACAUCUUACUAUAUGUCAUACUGAAGAUUCCCUUGCCUAUCUUUUGGAUUUAUUCACUCGUCGUCAAAUUCAUCGAGUAUUGGUCACUGAUAAAAUUUCAAAUGAAGAUCCAGAUGUUGGAGAUGUUAUUAAUGAAGAAGAAACUCAACCUUGUUUCAUAUCUCAAACCGAUGUUGUUAGAUUCUUAUUUCAAAAUAAUCAUCGAUUGGGUAGAAUCUUGGAUACUAUGGCUUCUGAUGUUAUCAAUAAAGCGAUUAGAGUGAGUGAAACUUUAACUUUUGAGAGACAAAAUUUAUUAAGACAGCCAUCUUCGGUUACUAUUCAUGAUCAAGCUUUGGCAGCUUUUCGAAAAAUUCAUCAAGAUGAAGUUAGUGCUGUGGCUGUUGUUAAUGGUGAUGGAAGUAUUGUGAGUGAAGUUUCUGCUGCAGAUCUUCGAGGAUUGAAUCGAGAACGACUUUCUGAUUUGAAGAAACCAGUGAUUAUGUUUUUGGUGUCUUGUAAAGGUGCUUUAAUUAAACCAUUUACUUGUCAUGGUAAAUUCACUUUAAGUCAAGUGAUGGCCGGUAUCCUCACUAGUAAAACUCAUCGUGCUUGGGUUGUUGAUGAAGAUGAUGUACCUAUUGUUCACGCUCGUCAAAUUUUUGAUUCUCGUGGUAACCCUACCGUCGAAGUUGAUCUUGUAACAGAUAAAGGCGUUUUUAGAGCUGCUGUACCAUCUGGUGCUUCCACUGGAAUUCAUGAAGCUUUGGAAUUACGUGACGGAAUAAAACAAGAUUAUGUUGGCAAAGGUGUAUCGCGAGCUGUUUCCAAUGUAAACGAUAAAAUUGCACCUGAACUUAUAAAAGCAAAUUUGGAUGUCAAGGAUCAAAAAGCUGUUGAUGAUUUUCUCCUGAAUUUGGAUAAAACCCCAAAUAAAUCAAAUCUUGGUGCAAAUGCAAUUCUUGGUGUAUCUCUUGCUGUCGCUAAGGCUGGUGCUGCUGAAAAGGGCAUUCCACUUUAUGCACACAUAGCUGAUCUUGCUGGAAGUAAAAAACCUUAUGUUCUUCCCGUACCUGCUUUUAAUGUGAUCAAUGGUGGUUCUCACGCUGGUAAUAAACUCGCUAUGCAAGAAUUUAUGAUUCUUCCAACUGGUGCAUGUUCUUUUACUGAAGCUAUGAAGAUUGGAUCUGAAGUUUAUCAUUCUUUGAAAUCUGUUAUCAAAUCAAAAUAUGGUCAAGAUGCCACUAACGUUGGUGAUGAGGGUGGUUUCGCUCCAAAUAUACAAGAUAACAAAGAAGGACUUGAAUUGCUCAAAGAAGCCAUUAAAAAAGCUGGUUAUACUGAUAAAGUAAAGAUUGCUAUGGAUGUGGCUGCUUCUGAAUUUUAUAAAGAUUGUUUAUAUGAUUUAGAUUUUAAAAAUCCAAAUUCUGACAAAUCUAAAUGGUUGCCUGGUGAAAAUCUUGCUAAUUUGUAUAAAGAAUUCAUUCAGGAAUAUCCCAUCGUUUCAAUUGAAGAUCCAUUUGACCAAGACGAUUGGUCUGCUUGGAGUUAUCUUAAUAAAUCUUCCAAUAUCCAAAUUGUUGGUGAUGAUUUGACUGUCACUAAUCCUACUAGAAUUGCUACUGCUAUAGAAAAAGAGGCUUGUAAUGCCCUUCUGUUAAAGGUCAAUCAAAUUGGUUCUGUUAGUGAGUCUAUUGAAGCUGCCAAAUUAUCUCAAUCUAAUGGAUGGGGUGUAAUGGUUUCUCAUCGAUCUGGAGAAACUGAAGAUACUUUUAUUGCUGAUCUUGUGGUUGGUUUACGUACCGGGCAGAUUAAAACUGGUGCACCAUGCCGCUCCGAACGAUUGGCUAAAUAUAAUCAAUUAUUGCGUAUUGAAGAAGAAUUAGGUGCUGAUGCUAUUUAUGCGGGUGAAAACUUUAGACAUGCUCAUAAUUUGUAA